UCGUAUCUGUCGUCGCAGUCGCCGUCCUCCUCCUGAGCGAUGGAGUGGCUGGACAUCGCCAAGGACCUGAACGCCGGCACCAUCGGCGGCGUGGCCGGCAUCGUGGCCGGCCACCCGCUGGACACGGUCAAGGUGCAGCUGCAGACCAGCCGCGAGGCCGGCGCCGGCGUGGUGCGCACGCUGCGGCGCGUCGUAGGGUCCGAGGGCGCCGCCGGCCUGUACCGCGGCCUGCUGUCGCCGAUCCUGAGCAACGCGCCCAUCAACGCCGCCGUCUUCGGCGUGCAGGGCCAGGUGGUGCGCGUGCUGCAGGAGCGGCGCGGGGCCGAGCGGCCGCUCACGAGCGUACAUCACUUCGCGGCCGGGGCCAGCGCCGGCCUGGUGCAGGUGGUCUUCGCGGCGCCGUCGGAGCACGUCAAGAUCCAGCUGCAGACCGGGGCCAUGGGGGCCGAGCACAGCUCGCUGGCGGCUGGCCGGGCCAUCCUCAGGCGGCACGGGGCCGCCGCGCUGUACAAGGGCUGGCAGGUCUGUCUGCUGCGCGACGUGCCGGCGUUCGGCGCCUACUUCUGCGGCUACGAGGCGGCCAAGCGCGCGCUGACGGACGGCCAGAGCGAGAACGAGACGGACCUGAAGCUCAUGAUUGCCGGCGGCGUGGCCGGCAUGCUGUCCUGGAUGGUCAGCAUGCCGCAGGACGUGGUCAAGAGCUGCGUGCAGAGCCAGCAGCUGGACGGCCCGCAUCAGUCCAUGACGCAGAUCGUGCGCGCGCGGAUGCAGCAGGAGGGCCCGGGCUUCUUCUUCAAGGGCUUCAGUGCCACGAUGCUCCGGGCCUUCCCCGUCAGCGCCGUCACCUUCCUCGUCUACGAGAAGGUGAUGCAAUUCAUGUCCUGAGACGAGAGGAUUGCGGUGCGACUAGCGGGAGAUGGGGAGUUGGCUGCGGGAAGAUACGCAGGGGCAACAAGUUGAAGGCGUUUAGGUGUGAUCAUCGAUCGAUCGGCCGUCCUAAGGAGAAGCAAGAACUACAUGUAUUUUGAAGAUAAUAGACCACAAGUAGCUAUC